AUGGGUUUAUUAUCAUUAGGAACUCCAUUAGAUUGGCAUGAUUCAAAGAAAUAUAAUGAUCAUGUACGUGAGAAUGGUAUAACUCAAUUAAUCAAUAUCUUUAAACAACAUGGUCCCACUAGAACUAAUGAUACUUUCUUAUGGGGGGAUGAAGUUGAAUAUAUGUUAGUCACCAUUGAUGAUGAAAAAAAAUGGGCCAGAUUAACCAUUGAUAAAGAUCAUAUCUUGGAUGAUUUAAAUGAUCCUCAAAAAUCCUUACAUAAAUCUGUUGAUAAUAAUGUCUUGUUCCAUCCUGAAUAUGGUAGAUUCAUGAUUGAAGCUACUCCUGCUAAACCUUAUAAUGGUAAUAGUUUGGCAGAUUAUGUUUAUGUGGAAGAAAAUAUGAUUAAAAGAAGAAUUGUAAGUCAACUGGAAUUACCAUCAAAUAUUAAACCAAUCACUUUGACAACUUUCCCAAGAAUGGGAUGUAAUAUCUUUACUUCUCCAUCUGCCAAACCCAUUGGUCCUGCAUCUCAAUCAUUAUUCUUACCUGAUGAAAUCAUUAAUCGUCAUGUUAGAUUUCCAACUUUAACCGCCAAUAUUAGAAAAAGAAGAGGUUGUAAAGUUGCUAUCAAUUUACCAAUGUAUCCUGAUAUUAAUACCAAGUUACUUGAUGAUUCUAUCCCAAAGAGUCGUGAUUUAUUCAAAAGUGAUCAUGAACCAUUCAUAGGUGCAUCUAAACCAGGUCAUGUUUAUAUGGAUUCAAUGGGAUUCGGUAUGGGUUCAUCAUGUUUACAAAUCACCAUGCAAGGUAAAAACAUUGAAGAAGCAAGAUAUCUUUAUGAUUCAUUAGCUGCUAUAACUGCCAUCAUGUUAAGUUUAUCAGCUGCUGCUCCAAUCUUUAAAGGUUUUCUUGUUAAUCAAGAUGUAAGAUGGAAUGUGGUAAGUGGUGCAGUUGAUGAUCGUACUUUUAUUGAAAGAAAUAUUGAACCAUAUCCUAAUUAUAAUCUAUUUGGAGGUUUAAAUGUUGAUUUACAUUCAAAAUUACCUUCCAAAACUCAAUCUAUAAAUGAAUUUGGAGAUUUAAAUGGUGUUUUCACUAAAGAAGGUAAACCAAUUCAAAGAGUUCCAAAAUCAAGAUAUGAUUCUAUUGAUAGUUAUUUGGCAGAUGUUAAUUUCUCCACUAAUUAUUUCAAAGAUGAAUAUAAUGAUAUUAAUCCUCCUAUUAAUGAAAAAGUUUUCAAUCGUUUAUCUUCAAAAGAAAAUCAUCAUUUAUUUGAUAAAUAUUUAGCCAAACAUUUCGGUCAUUUAUUUAUUCGUGAUCCAUUAGUAUUAUUCAGUGAAAGAAUUAAUCAAGAUAAUGAAUUAGAAAAUGAUCAUUUUGAAAAUAUCCAAUCUACAAAUUGGCAAACUUUAAGAUUUAAACCUCCUGCAUUAUAUACACCUGAAGAAUUAGAUUUUUCAAAGACUCCAGGUUGGAGAGUUGAAUUUAGACCUAUGGAAAUUCAAUUAACUGAUUUUGAAAAUGCUGCAUAUUCAAAUUUUAUAUCUCUUUUAUCAAAAGCUAUCAUUAAAUUUAAACCAAAUUUUUAUAUUCCUAUACUGAAAAUUGAAUUAAAUAUGAAAUUAGCUCAUAAUGUUGAUUCUGUACUUGAUGAGAAAUUUUGGUUUAAAGCUUUAGAUCAAUGGAAUUUAAAUAAUAAUGAUUUCAUAGGAUAUGAUUUAUCAUGGUUUGAUCGUUUCAUAUAUGAAGGUAAUGAUGAAUUAGGUAAAGAAGGUGAAGUUUAUAUGAAUGGUACUAUUACUCCAACUUCAAAUACCAUUGAAUCCAUUACUGAUGUUGAUGAUGGUGGUAUCACUCAAAAAUAUUCCAUUAAUGAAAUCAUAAAUGGUACUGAUAAAUUCCCUGGUUUAAUCAGAUUAGUCAUUAAAGUCAUUGCCACUGAUUUACUUCCAACUGAUCAACUGCAUCAUUGUGAUAGUGAAGAAUUAGCUCGUAAAUUAAUCACUAUAAAGCAUUAUUUAUUAUUAAUUUCAAAUAGAGCUAAUGGUAAGAUUCCAACCAUUGCCCAUUGGUUAAGAUCAAAAGUGUUACAAUCCCAUUUAUAUAAACAAGAUUCCAAAGUGAGUGAAGAAUUAAAUUAUAAUUUAAUUAAAGAUUGUGUUGAAGUGACUGAUUUAUCCGAUAAAUACUUAUUAGAAGGUUUAUUUGGUGAAGUUAUAACUGAUUAUUUAUUAACUUCUAAUAGAACUACUACGUUAUCUUAG